AUGUUCCCCUUUCGGAAACUCCACGCUCAGUGCUUCUUCUUCCUUCUUAAACCCUGCCAAAACCCUAGAUUCCAGACCACCAAAUCCGCCACUAAAUUCGCCGGAAAAGCCACCGUAAAACAAGCCCAAGCCGCAUUGCUCGAGUACCUCCACUCCACGCGCAGCCUCAACUUCUUAGACGCCGACAACAUGUGCAAAAACUCGCCCUCCUUCCUCCAGGACCUCCUCGCCAAAACCCACUUGCACACUCCGCACGUCGACACCAAGCGCUCCAUCUCGCGCUACCUCCGCUACCACCCCAUUAACGAGUUUGAGCCCUUCUUCGAGAGCGCGGGUCUCUCCCCUUCCGAGUACGCGCCCCUUCUCCCGCCUCACAUGAUUUAUCUAAACGAUGACGUUCUGCUCAUGGAGAAUCACCAGGCGCUCUGCAACUACGGGGUUCCCCGCACCAAGAUGGGGAGGGUUUUCAAACUUGCACCUCAGGUUUUUCGGUAUAAACCCGGGGUCUUGAUCUCGAAGCUUCGGGAAUACGAAAACCUCGGUGUUUCGCGGAAGACUUUGAUCAAUGUGGUUGCUUUCAGCCCCUGCAUUUUGGUUGGGGGUGUUGAUUUUGAUUUUGUUAAGGUUGUGGAGAUGUUGAAACGUGUUAUUGGAAAGGAUUGCGAAUGGAUUGGAGAGCAUUUGUUGAUUAACAAGGGUUGUUGUAAUUGGAGGGUAAUGUUUCAGGUUUUGAGUUUACUUUCUACGGUUUUCAAUGAAAAACAAUUGUGUGAUUUAAUCACUCGUCACCCUGGAUUGAUUUUUGAGGAAUCUGGAGGUUGUGUGUUAUCCUUGAUUGGCUUUUUGUUGAAAUUUGGAUUGUCUGUAAACCGGGUUUGUGUCAUGCUGCACGAGUUUCCGGAGAUUCGGGCUGUGAAAUUUUUGUCCAAUUUGAGGCUGUGUUUUCUGUUCUUGACAGAGAUCAAGAUGGAGGCUUCGGAGAUUGGGAGGAUUUUGCAGUCUCACUGCUUGGUGUUGGGAUCCUUCACCAUGAAGAGAACGAUUACUUUGCUUACUAACUUGAAUGUUGGAAAGAAGCGACUGUGUAGAGUUGUGAGGGAUGAUCCUGUAGUAAUGAAGAGUUGGGCUUUGGGAAGGAGAAUUGAGCCUCUGGUUAACUCGUAUGUGGAGUAUGAAUCCAAGGCGCUGAAGAAGGAGUUCAUGCUGAGGUUGGGGUAUGAAGAGAACUCCAAAGCAAUGAAUGAGUCGAUUAAGUUGUUCAGGGGUAGGGGAGCUGAGCUUCAGGAGAGACUUGAAUUUAUUGUUAAUGCAGGGUUGGAUUAUGAGGUUGUCUGUAAGAUGAUUCGAGAGUCCCCGCGGAUUCUUAGUCAGACCACGGAUAGGAUAAACAUGAAAAUUGAGUCUCUUGUGAAUGAAGGAUAUUCAAUGUCGGAUUUGGCUAGUUUUCCUUCUUUCCUUUCCUAUUCAGCUGAAAGGGUUAAGCUGAGGUUUUCAAUGUAUAAUUGGCUAAAAAGGCAUGGAGCUGCAGAAGCAGGGCUUGCUUUGAGCACUAUAAUUGCAUGCUCUGAGAAAGCGUUUGAGAAGAUGUACGUGAAUCGCCAUCCGUCUGGCCUUCAAGUAUGGCGGGAUUUAAAGGCACAGAUUUCUUCUGAGUCUUAG